GCGGUCUUUGUGACGGUGAAAUCGAUCCAAAAGGAAAUCGCGGACCACACUUUUACUUUUGGGGAUCUGUUUAGUAACAAGCAGUUCUUCACGCUCAUUGUGUCCCUGGCAUCGACGUAUGUGAUGUGGCUUGUCGCGUCGCUGAUCUUCUUCGACCCGUGGCACAUGUUUACGAGCUUUAUACAAUACAUCCUGCUGACUCCGACAUACAUCAACGUGCUGAACAUUUAUGCCUUUUGUAACACGCACGAUAUCACUUGGGGUACGAAAGGUGAUGACAAGCCCGAGAAGCUGCCGUCAGCGAACAUCAAGCCCGGCGGCAAAGUCGAUGUGAACAUCCCGCAGGACGACGGAGAUCUCAACGCGCAGUACGAGGCGGAGCUGGCGAAAUUCGCGACGAAGCCGCCCAAGGAAGUCAAGGUGGUCUCCGAGGCAGAGAAGCAGGAGGACUACUACAAGGGGUUCCGAAGCGCGGUCGUGCUGGUGUGGGUGUUCUGCAACUUCGCGCUGGGGGCGGUGGUCCUGAGCACGGCGGGAUUGGAGAACUUCAACAGCGACAAGAACGUGACGGAGACGGAGAACGAGCGGGCCAACAUCUACAUGUCUGUGGUGCUGUGGAGUGUAGCAGGACUGUCACUCUUCAAGUUUCUUGGGGCGAUGUGGUUUUUGGUUGUUAGAAUGUUCCGCGGCGUUUGA